UUAUAUUAUUUUGACAAUGUGUUUAUCAAUUAACGAUAAUUUUUCAAUUUUCACGUUUGUAUUUUUGUCAUUUACAAUAUAUAAUAAUAAGACUCCGUAAUAAUAAAUUAAUAAAUAGUUCAAUGUGAAGUUUUGUCAUGAGGAAAAAUGUUAAGUGUUACAGAACUGCAAAUGAUUUAUUGUCCCAAUCUUACUGUAACGGAAUUCAAAAAAUUGCAGGAACUGAUAAUGUUAUUACAAACGAUUUUCAUGUAUCUAACAAAAUAUUGGAUAAACGUAAAAGAGCAUGGAACCAUUUAUUUAAAAAAUACGGUACUAUGAUAUCUGAAGCUGAGUUGAAUAUAGAUACAUUACAAUUGAAUGAACCAAUGAAUCUAACAGAAGUAACAGAGCAACGUUUACCUAUGCGUAAACCAUUGUCGAUGGUGCAAUAUUGGGUUGAUACUGGAAACCUGCUACAUAUAAACUGCACAAAUGGUCCUAUAUACUCUGACUCAGGAUCUUCUAUCCUUGAAGAUGGUAGUUGUGAACCUGAUCAAUAUAUUGAUAUUCAAAGUUUUGCUACAGAUCUUAGUGGAGAAGAGUAUAUUACAGAAACUUUAAGCAAUAAAAAUGUAAAGAUUGUUACAUCAUCUAACAGUUCUGUAGACACUGCAGCUUAUAUUUUGGCAAAUAACAAUAUUACAAAAAAAGCAGAAACUAUAGCUAUUGUAGAAGGUUCAAAAGUUGAUACUGAAAUACAUUGUUCUGAUAAACCUUCACAAAUUGUAAAAAUAAGUAAAAAUACUGAAAAAUUCAGUUUAGCUGAAAAAAACAAUCAUGAAAAGUCAAAAGUGGCUAGUGCUAAUUUAUUACAAUCAUUCUUGUUUAAAAGUUGUGUAGAUAAAAUAAAUAAAAAUUCUAAAAAUCCUAAUUUAGAUAAAAUAUCUAUGAAAAAGAUAAAUUCCAAAUCAAAAUCCCAACAAAACAAUAUGUGUUCAAUAUUUUUCAGUGACAGUGACGAAUCUAUUGCCAAUAUUCAAAUCAAUGAAUUUCAAAAUAUUCAAAAUGGAAAUAAUUAUCAAAACAGUGAUAAUGUAAGCAAGUUUGUUAAACGUAAAAAGUUAUAUAACCGAUCAGAUUCUCCUGCUGAAUUUACUCCAGUAUCUGAGGAUAAUUUGAGCUUACAAACAUCACAAACAAUAUUACGAAAAUGCUUGCCACUUAGAAAAAGUGAACAUCCAGCACUAGAAACUCCUAAGAGAUGUCAAAAGUUCUUAUUCCGUGCAAGACAUAGACAGACAAAAUUUAAAAGAAAACUAAAUCAUCAUCACUGUGAUUCUUUGACAUCUACAAGUAAUGAAAAAAAUAUAAAUAAAAAAUUAUUGGAGUCAAAUGAAAACAAUGUAAAUUCUCAUUCUUUGUACAAUUCUGAAAUUCAGAAAAUUAGGAACUAUAAUAUUCAGACCGAUUCUAAAGAAAAUAGUAUUACAGAUAAUAAUCUAAUAAGUCAAACAAGUUCUGGAAAUCAUAUUCAUAUGAAAGAAAGUUAUAUUCAAAACAGUACGAACAAUAUUACACAGUUUGAUUUGAAUCAACCGGACAAAAUACAAAAACCAUUCACACCCAGAAUAAAUUGCCACAGUAACUCUAAUGCAUUUAAUAAAAAUAAGUUUCAGUUAAAGUCUUGUAGGAUUGUUAUUCAAAGACUUCCCUAUAAGUAUUAUUUAUCAAACUUGAGUAAAAAUAAAACAAAAAGAAAAAACUUACUUGAUUCAGUGAAAUCCAAAAACAUUAAUAUUAUCAAUAAAAACUUACCUAAUUGUGCAUUAACAUCAAAUUCAGUUUUAAGAUAUAAUGCAACAACUUUAACUGAAAAUAACUCUGAUAUUAAGUCAAAUAAAUUCAUAACAUUUAAUAAUACAAAAACUUUCAGAGAUAUACUCAAUUGCAGAAAAAAAGCAAAAAAGACAUUAUAUAAUAGUUUUGAUUAUUCUUCAUCAAAUAUUCAUCCCACUGAAAAGGUAUUGAUAGAUCAUUCAAAAAUGACAUGCAAUCGAAACUCAUACAAUAAAAAAUCAAAGUAUGUGAUAGCAAAUUCAUCUUCAGAUGAAUCAGAUUGGAUAGUACCUAUUUCAAGUAUUGAAACUAAAUCCAUGAGUAAUUCAAGAAAUUUUUAUAAUAAAUGUUCAAACAUAACUGAUGAAGACAGUAAUCAAAGUAGUCCAGAUAUACAAAAGAAAAUUCUACAAACAAUUAAAAUAAAUAGUAAUACAGACGAUGUACAACAUAAUAAGAUAAAGGAAAAUAUCCUUUUACAUAAAGCGCCUGCCCGAGAUUGCAAGAAUCACAAAAACAAAAUAAAAAACACAUUAAUCACGUUGUCCUCUAGUAAAGAAAAAAUGCCCAAAAUAGAAAAAAAUCGAGCUAUUGACUUAGCUAUUGAAAAUAAACCGACGAUUAAAUUUACAAGUGCUAUUUCAAAUGGAUCUAAAAAUACUCCAAAUAGCAUUCGGAACUGCCAAGUGCUAAUAAAUAGGAUUCGUAAAACAAAUGAUAAAUCUGAACUUAUAAUAACAAACGAUAGAAGUAUAAAUUUAAGGAAAACGCGAAAUCGAAAAGAACUGCAUGUUGACGAUAAAAGAUUUAGUAGUGAUAAUUCAGGAGAAGCGGGUACUCUUUCUAAUUUUGCAAGUGAUAAGAAACUGCCACGUCAAAUAUCAGAGUAUUUCAAUAUUAAGAAAUUAGAAAAUAUUCAAAGCAAGAAGUUAUCACCAACAAAAAAAAUUCAAAAUCGAGAUAAAUCACAAAAUAUGCAAGAUUCAGUAAAGGUAAAAACAAUAACUACUCAAAAAACUUUAACAAAAAAGCGAAAAAGUUUUGAAAUUGAUUUAUUGUCGGAAGAAGAGUGUAUCAUACCUUUGAAAAAGAGAAAAAAUAAAAACUAGAAAAUAAAUAUAAUCUAUAAGGCUUGGUCAAUAAAAAGCGCUCUAGAAGCAAUUUAUUUAUAAAUAUAAUGUACCAUGUAUAAAUAAUAGGUAUCCAUGGAGGACUUAAGAAACAUUGCAAUUAAUAAAUCAAAUCUUUCAAAAUAAUUAACUUUCCAUAAAUUUUCAACUUAUUCAUUGAUUUAGCCAAGUAUGGGUCAAUUUUGAGCUAAUAAAAGUAAUAAUAUCAACAAACAAGUAAUGAUUUAUUUCUAAUAUAAAUAAAUCAUUAAUAUAUUAACACAAAUAUUGAUCGUUUUUGCAUCCAGUUAUUUUCAAGAAAAAUAAUUAUUAAUUGAUAUAAAAAACGUUGACUUGUACCGAUACAUAUUGUUGUUUAAUUUUGUUCAUGCAGUGCAUAAUUAAUGUAAAUAGAAUAGCACUGCAUAGUCAGUUUUCUCCCCGUUCAAUAACUCAUUGUCAUAAAUUUAUUAUCUUGUGAUGUUUUCUUAAUAACUUUGUAUGUUCUACUUUGAUCUUUAUUAAAAGUCCUCCAGAAAUACGGAUUAUGUACAUUGUUAUGCGUUAAUUAUUUUUGUAAUAAACGCAGACAAGUAUGCUGUUGUUUAGAACCUACAUAAAUAUUUUUAGAAUGAUCCGUGAAUAGCAUUACAAGAAAGUUAUGUGAAAGUAUUGACUAAUAGACUUAUUCAUAUUUUCUAUGGUCUAUGAUAAAAUAAAAUUGUGAGCUUUUAAAAGUUUGUUUUGAAUAAAAUGAAAACCUAGUCAUUUGCGACUACGAAUACGUUAUAUUUGUAUCGCCACUAGUUCUCCAAGUGAAAAGAUGUAAACUGCUCUUUGUAAUAUUAGGAAAGAUUUUAAUAUUUAUGGCAUUUAUGAAUUAUAUUCAUAUUGUUAAUGGCGAAGGAAAAUUAUUAUUCUUACCCAAUUGUAACCAUUUUACUAAUUGAAUUUGUCAUUUGAUUAUUGUUACGUUCACUAUG